GUUUCGUUCGAAAUGUUGCUGCUAACACUUGGCUACACGAUGCAGCUGCUGCUGCUGAUUUCGCUGCUGCUGUUGCUACCGCUGCCGGGAUUUUCCGCACCAGGGGAGCCCUAUAGGUACGACAGAUACGACGGCAACUAUUCGCCCUACCCACGGAAGUUGGAACGGAACUGAUAUGCAUAUCUAAACGCUGGCCAAGAAAUACAAUAAACCAGCGAGUCGCUGGGGCAUCUGCA